GGCAAAAAUAUUCCUACAAAAACAAAAAUGACAGCCGACAAAUAAAAGAAUAUUGGUCGCGUUGAACUUCGAAGCCGUGAAAUAAAUUAAAAUGACAGUCCAACAGCUAAACUCGAAUAUUUCUGACGACUCGGAUGAUAUGGUUAGUUUACCAUCAGAGGAAGAAAUUUACAGGCGAAAAUACCAAUUGCUGUUAGAAAGAUGUGAAGUGCUACAGCAAGACAACGAACGUAUUGUGAAUAGAAUACAUGAAGUGAAGAAAAUAACUAGGCGUUAUAAAAAGGAUAUUAAGUUGUUAGUAGAGAGACUGGACAAACAUGGAGACGCGUUUAGAUCAACUGCAGUCGAUGUGGAGGUCAAACAAGAGGUUAUUGUGAAACCUCCUCAAAAGGGCGCCAAGUCACAGUCAGGUGGUAAACAAACAGAGAAACAAAAUGCUAAAAAAACCGCGACAAAGAGGAAAAGUAAAGCUGAUAAACCCGAAAGAGAUCCAAAUGCCCCAAAGAAACCCUGCAAUGCAUUUUUCCAAUUCUGCCAAGAACAAAGACCUGUGGUUGUAGCAGAAACCGCCACAGAGAUGGGCUCAGAACCAACCAAACAGGAAGUUACGAGACAGUUGGCAUCCCGAUGGCGAGCACUUACUAAUGAAGAGAAAAGGGUCUACGUUGCAAUGUUUGAAAGGUCAAAAGAAAAAUAUGCAGAAGAAUUGACAGCAUACAAUAUCAAGAAGGAACAAUGACAUUCACUGUCCUUAGAUAGUAGCAGUUAAUUCUUUUGUGAUCACCAGCUUUAAUAUUAAGUUAAUCUAAUAUAGAAUUUAUUAUACAUAUUAU